AGUCGUUGAAAUACUGAAUGCUAUUCAACACGAUAACAAAGCAGUUGCUUGCUUUUUUGCGUGUUUAAAUAUGUUGAAAUCAACUGCCAAUUACAAUUAAAUUACAGGGAAAUCAAUUUUCAUUUUCAUUACCAGGGCUGCAAAAAUUUUUCGUGUGCAACGCAUACGAAAGUUUUCAACCGUCGAUAUUUACUACACACGUUGCAUUGGGCACACUGCUCUGCUUGUUUACAUUUACAAAUUGAAAAUUAAUAAUUUAUAGUUUUUAUAAAUAAAUAACCAAAAUGGCUGCAUCGCGCUCCCGGCGCAACAAUGCCGGCAACAAAAUAGCCCAUUUAUUGAAUGAGGAAGAGGAGGACGACUUUUACAAAACGUCCUAUGGCGGAUUUCAGGAGGACGAAGAGGAUCAGGAAUACGAGCAAAAAGACGAAGAGGAGGAUGUGGUGGACUCUGACUUCAGUAUUGAUGAGCACGAUGAGCCCGUUUCGGAUCAGGAAGAGGCGCCCGAGAAAAGGCGGAAACGCGGUGGCGUUAACACAAAGGCUUAUAAGGAAACAAAGCCCGCAGUCAAGAAGGAAACAAAAGCCGCACCGGCCCUGCACAAGAAACGAGUAGGUGGUGGAGUAACGAAACGGCGUGUACGUCCCCGAUUCACAGUCCUCGAUUCUGGCCGCAAAUCCAUACGCACAUCCACGGCCAUCAAGACUCAGGCUACCAAAAUACGCCUCAAGGAAUUGGAUGAUGCCCGCAAGCGCAAAAAAAAGAAGGUGCGUGUGGAGGAUUACAUGCCCACGCAGGAGGAGCUGCUGGAGGAGGCCAAAAUAACCGAGGAAGAAAACAUUAAAUCUUUGGAGAAAUUCCAGAAAAUGGAGCUCGAGAAGAAGAAAUCACGUCCCACCAAGCGCACAUUCUCUGGGCCCACUAUACGCUACCAUUCACUGACCAUGCCUGCGAUGCGGAAGCCCACUCGUGGAGCUAACCCUGCGAGCGAUUCAAAGGAUCUCGCUGGAAAGUGCGAACGCACAUUCGUCACCAUCGAGAACGAUUUCAAUGACAAGGUGUUCCAGAACAUCUUCCGCCACAUGGCGCCACCCAAAGCAAGCAAUGGUAUCUGCCCAAUCACUAGACUACCAGCCCGCUACUUUGACCCGGUCACACAGCAGCCCUACUACAGCAUCCAAGCCUUCAAAAUUCUGCGCGAGGCCUACUACAUGCAGUUGGAACAGCAGGGCGGCAGCAGUGAGCAACCCGAGCUAGCCAAAUGGCUGGAAUGGCGUAAGCUGGUCAAGGAGAAUCGUCUGAAGGCUUCAGCAGCUUCCAGCAAAAACGGGGACAAAUAGAGCUGCUACCACUGUCCUAGUUUUUUAAUUAAAAAUUUAUAUACAAAGAGACACAUCGAUUAAAGGUUAAGAAAUUUUUGAAACUUUUUAAAUAACAAAUCAAAAAGUACUUUUUUGGCAACCCUUGUAUAUUUCAGGCAAUAGCAAACGUUUACCUAACAUAUUCAUUUAAAUAUAUUUCUAACAAUUGCGACCAUGGAGAAGUAUAUAGGGUUUUUCCCUAAACCUAAUCUUCGAAGAGUGUUUAUAAUCAACGCAUAGUCUGCUUUCAUUGUUUUCUUAUUAGCAGCAUCCGGUUUAUUGACUUAACAAGAUGAUAAUACAGUAUGCCCAAAAGAAAGUUUAUCUUGCUAAUCAAACAUAUAUAAACCUAUUUAUUUCUAGUAUCCAGUUUUGAUUACUGUUCUAUUUAAAAGUUUAGUUGCCCUAAUAAUAAAAGCGUCGCAGUCUUCUAUUAAGAUUAUUCAUAACAAUUGUUUCUUCUAUUAAGAUUGUUCAUUAAAAUUGUUUCGCUUAAUUUGCGUCAAAUUGAUAAGCACACAGA